AUGGCAUCCACCCUCACCGCACCAGCACUCUCUGCAGCUGCCAACGCCGGACGAACCGUCCCCGCCCCAGUCGCCCUCAUCCUCAACGUCCAGCCCAGCAACACCGCACCACGAGCUUGGUUCGAGCGCUUCGUCAAGCACGUCACCACCUUCGGAUUCCAGCAGUCACGCUCCGACUCGUCCCUGUUCAUCUUCAAACCAGGCCACUCGAUGGCAUACCUGCUACUAUAUGUGGAUGAUAAGGUUCUCUCGGCCUCCUCAACGUCCCUGCUCCAACAUAUCAUCGCCAGCCUCAGGACAGAAUUUGCCAUGAAGGAUAUGGGUCCGGUCAGCCACUUCCUCGGUAUUCAUGUGCAACGCUCAGCGACAGGGUUCAAGCUAUCACAAACAGCAUACGCCGUCGAGCUCCUAGAACGCGCUGGAAUGGUCAAUUGCAAGCCAGCACCGACACCCGCCGACACCAACCCAAAAUUGUCCAGCGAGGAUGGUGCACUGAUCAAGGAUGCAUCCUGGUACCGCAGUAUGGCUGGGGCUCUCCAGUACUUGACCCUCACUCGGCCAUAUGCCGACCAACAAGUGUGCCUCCACGUGCAUGCGCCCAGGGACAGCCACACAGCACUGCUCAAGAGAAUUCUUCGGUAUAUCAAGGGAACAACAUCCCUCGGCCUCCAUAUUCAUCGCAUGGACACGCUAACAAUCACCGCAUACACAGAUGCCGACUGGGCGGGGUGUCCGGACACCCAUCGAUCGACGUCCAGGUUUUGCAUCUACCUCGAAGACUCGCUGGUGUCCUGGUCAUCCAAGAGGCAGACCACCGUGUCGCGCUCCAGCGCCGGAGCAGAAUACCGAGGAGUCGCUAACGCUAUGUCCGAGUGCUCAUGGCUGCGCCAUCUGUUGGGUGAACUGCACUGCAACGUACACAAGGCGACAGUGGCAUAUUGUGACAACAUCUCAAGUGUGUAUAUGGCUAGGAAUCCAGUUCAUCACAGACGCACGAAGCACAUCGAGUUGGACAUUCACUUCGUUCGGGAGAAAGUGGCACUCGGCAAGCUCCGCGUCCUCCAGAUUCCAAGCGCAAGGCAAUUUGCAGAUAUAUUCACGAAAGGACUACCAAUGUCGUUGUUCGAGGAGUUUUGUUCCAGUCUAUGCGUCGGUGAGACAACGGCUGCGACUGCUGGGGGGUGUUAG